UUUGCAGUUUUUUGUAGUUAAAGUUUUGAAACAGUGAUAACAGGAUUGCAAUGUAGUGUUGCAAAAGGAUAUAGAUAAUGCUUCAGCUUCGAGAUUAACCUUUUAAAUGAAAUUAUUUAAAAUUCUAUAGAAAAUAUUUGUACUGUGAACGUAUGUACGUAAAGGCAGUGAUUUUACUAAAAUAGUAUGUGAUAACUUUAUAUCUAGUUAUUAGGCCAGUAUUAGUCUGUAAAAUGGUGCUAUGUAGAGGUUGUAAGACGGAGAUACAAAUAUUUGAUCAUGAAACCAGCAUAUAGCGAAGGUGGAGCAGGCACAAACUACACUUAAUGGUUUUCAUGGAUGAGCGGGAGGGCGCGGGGCGUCGAGAGGACGCCGUGCUGCCCACUACCAUGGAGGCUUGCGGCCCCCCGGUACAGAUGGAGCCGGUGGACUUGAGUCUCAAACGACCCCCUACUCCUAGGAGACGCGGUCGGCCUCCUGCCAGCGCAAUGCCUACGUCAUCGAAGAUCAACCGAGAACUGCCGCCCACGCAACUUCCUAUUGAAUUCAGUCACGAGAUGCCGAAAAUCAAGGUGGGCCCCGACCUCCGCAACGCGAGAAAACCUCAACAAAGCACGACAAAGUUAAAACCACCACACCAAGACAAAUACCCGCUGAUCCCACCCCACCUAAAACCCGGCUACAAUCCCGAAUUGAAGAAUUUCUUCCUGAACACCGCGCUCCAGCUCUCUGGCCUCAGCCAGCUGAAGAAAGAAGAAGAACAGGACAGAAGGAGACUGCACAAGUGCGAUGUGGCCGGGUGCCACAAGGUGUACACUAAGAGUUCGCAUCUGAAAGCGCAUAAGAGGACGCAUACAGGCGAAAAACCCUACUCUUGCGGUUGGGCCGGCUGCGACUGGCGCUUCGCUCGCUCCGAUGAGCUGACUCGACACACACGCAAACACACAGGGCAUCGUCCUUUCACGUGCCCCCUGUGUAGGCGGUCCUUCGCACGCUCCGACCAUCUAGGACUGCAUAUGAGACGCCAUUGACCAUUCUAUUAUCAUUUUCUACCAUUUUAUACCGACUUUCUUCAUUAUGACAUGUAUAUCUGCGAAUGAAUAUACGAGUAGCACCGCCGGAGUUGUAAAACCAUACUACUGCGAUCAAUGCUUUGGCUCUGACUAAACCCGACACACAGGGCAUAGUCCUUUCACGUGUCCCCUGUGUAGACGGCCCUUCGCACGGUCCGACCAUCUAGGAUUGCAUAUGAGACGACAGACUUAUUUAUCAUUAUUUUUCUACCAUUCUAGACAUACUUUUUCAUUAUACCAGUAUUUACAGUAGGUAUGAAUGUAAUUAUGUAUUGUAGCGCCGGUGUCGUAAAACCAUACUACUGCAAUCAAUGCUUUGGCUCCGACAAACUUACUCGACAUUUUAUUAUCAUUCUCUACCAUUUUAGACCGACUUUCUUCAUUAUGCCAUUAUAUCUGCGAAUGAAUAUAUGAUAUAUGAGUAGUAAAACUAUACUACUACGAUCAAUGCUCUGACUAAACUCGACACACAUACAAACACAGGGCAUUCAUUAUCAUCUAUUUUCCAUCAUAUUUGUCUACAUACUCACUUCAAUGGUGUUGAAAUUGACACAUGAGUUGUAAAGCCGUUGUCAAAAAACCAUACUACUGCGAUCAAUGCUUUACUAACAUGCAAAUAUACAGGGAGUUGUUCACAUGUCGUGUGUGUAGAUGGUCCUUCGCGAGGUCCGACCAUAUAGGACUGCAUGUGAGAGGGCAUUAGCUAUUUGAUUCUUUUUCCAUAUGUUCAGUUUACACUUUAUUACCACUCGGCACUGGUAUGAGUUGCAUAACCUGAGUUCAAAAACCAUACUACUGCGACCAAUGCUUAACAAACUCCGAGCGAGUAACCUUUUCACAUGUCCUCUAUGUAGACGCUCGUUCGCUUAGUUCUCUCUGAAUAUAAGAAAACAUACUCCUGCGACAUGUGCUAUGCAAUCGUCGUAUAUCGCAACACGAUAAAAUAAUUUUAAACAACUUAUAAGAUACAUUAAGUAGCUGUCGAAUUUUACAAGGCUCACUUUUUAAAGACUACUACGAAUAAUUAUGUAAAUUAGUGUACCUAAGGAUUGAAAUAGCAAAAAGCUACAUAAAAGUUGUAUUACUAGAAAAUAAAAACUUACUCAAUAUAAACUGAAAAUUCGAAGAGGCGUUAAAAUUAUAAUAAAAUGUAUACACGGUGGCAAAAAAAUAAGUGCAUUCCCGUUGCCAGCGAGGUUUUGGGAUUAUACUGAGAAACUUCUAUGGGACCAACCCCGAAAUCACGAAAAAAAAAUUUGGCUGUUUCAUACAUUUUGGCUGGUCCAUUUUCUAUGGGAGGGUAAAUUGUUUUUUUGCGAUUUCGUGACUGGUCUCAUAGUAAAAGUUGCUCAGUAUAAUCCCAAAACCUCCCUGCAACGGUAUUGCCAUAAUUAAGGAGACAUUAUCACAAAGACGACUGAAUGGAAAUGACAUUAAAUGUGACAUUCUGGGACAAAAGGUGCUACUUUUGCAAUUAUCAAUUAGUGGAAUUUCUAAUUGUAAAAUGCCAGUAGUGCCUUAUCGACAACGACAAAAUGGGCACCUUUUUCCUAAUAACGACACAUAGAUAUACAUAUUGUGGCAUUAAUACUUAAAACUAGGGCCAGUAUAAUUACAUUUAUAUUUUUAAAUAAUUAUGUUAAAGUGAUAUUUUGUGUGUUUCAUUAGUAAAUUAGAUUUUAUGCUAUUUCGAAUAGCUAAAUAUAUUUUAUAUAAGUAUCUGCAAGUUACUUUUUUAGAGAGUACUUUUAAGUAUUUGUUAAUUUGAUUACAUUUGAAUAUAUGUAAGUUUUAACUAUUUUUAUUGUGCUAAUGCUCAAAAAGUUCCACAAAAAAAAAUACAGGGCAGUUGUGGCAAUAUUAGAUAGAGUUAAAUACUUAUGUAAGAUGAAAAUUCCUAUAUUUUAAGUAAUAAAAAUAUAUUUUUGUACUUAAAGUUUAGUGUUCUUAGAAUUUGUUUUGUUUCAGAUGUUUAAUUAAUAUUUUGAUAUUUGUAUACAAUAAUUAGACAUA